AUGGACUUGUAUACUGGAUCGGGCCUACUGUAUGUCGGCUCCAAGACGAGGCCAUCCACUGCCAUAACAAACGAGACCUACAACAAGUGGUACGACGAGAUCCACGUACCUCAUAUUCUAGAGACCUCUGGUGUCCAGUCAGCAACCAGAUACAUUGCAUGCUCCUCCUCCUCCUCGUCCUCCUCCACAGGACCUGACGAGCUUAACUGGCCGUUCCUCGCCAUCUAUCCGAUUGAAGACCUGAAGUACCUUACCACGGAAGAAUUCGCCUCAAUCCCUCUGGUGGACGACCUUUUGCCUGGACCUAACCAUAGCUGUGUGGACUGCGCCGACUUUGACCAAAGACACUAUGCAAGCGUUGGCGAUUUUCAAUUAGGGGAGCUGUAUAAUGGCACCACCACCCCAAAGCUGCUAAUUGCCCAUUUCAACCCGCCGAGUGAGCUUCAUGACGCAGACUCGACCACAGUGCGCAACUGGUACUCCCAGCAGCAGACCAGCGGUGUCGACCAACGGAUCCAGUUGUUCAAACUUGUCUUCGGUCGCCGGUUUCAGGGCCACCAAUCCCGCAAGCUGCCUUCUUUUAUUGCUAUGCAUCAUGUUGCAACCGAGGCCGAUUAUAGUCAGGUAUCCAAGAGCAUUGAAGCCAUCUCCGUAGCCAUAGCCGGGUACGACUUGUGGAGGGCCUUUGGCUUGUUGCACCCGGGCUCAGAGGGGAGGACGGGGUAA